AUGGCUCGACGCGCGUAUCUCUGUCUCGGAGUUUUAUUGUUCGUCUACUUUGUAAGCGGAGAAAUCCGUGUGAAACGACAAGAAGAAGAUGCUGGCGGUGAUGAUUUAAGCCCUGAACAGCUUUGCGAAGGUCGCCCUGCAGACGAAUACUUCCGACUUACUACUGAGAACGAUUGUCGAGACGUUGUCAGGUGCGACAAAGGUGCUGAAAACGGCGUAACCAGACUCGCUACACUGCGGUGUCCUCUGGCCCUAGCCUUCGAUAUUGACCGCCAGACCUGUGAUUGGAAAACACAUGUUAAGAAUUGCGAUAAAAUAGAAAGUCUUAAACAGAUCACUUGCCCGUACGGCCUGGCUUUCGAUCUCGAUAAACAAACCUGCGACUGGAAGGGUAAAGUGAACAACUGUGACAGAGUCGAGAAACCAAGAAAGGUCAUGCCUAUACUAAAAACGGAUGAGCCCAUAUGUCCUGAAGGAAAUCUUGCAUGUGGUAGUGGCGACUGCAUUGAAAAAGCCUUAUUCUGUAAUGGAAAACCCGACUGCAAAGAUGAGUCUGAUGAAAAUGCUUGCACUGUUGACCUCGACCCAAACAGAGCUCCCGACUGCGAUACUACUCAGUGUACUCUACCAGACUGCUUUUGCUCAGCUGAUGGAACCCGUAUCCCCGGUGGCAUAGAACCAAAUCAAGUACCUCAAAUGAUAACUAUUACCUUCAAUGGUGCUGUCAAUGUAGAUAAUAUCGACUUAUAUGACCAAAUCUUUAAUGGAAACCGUCAUAAUCCAAAUGGAUGCCAAAUUCGUGGUACAUUCUUUAUUUCUCACAAAUACACCAACUAUGCUGCAGUUCAAGAAUUGCACCGUAAGGGCCACGAAAUUGGUGUAUUCUCAAUAACUCACAAAGAUGACCCUCUUUACUGGUCUGGAGGAAGUUAUGACGACUGGCUUGCUGAAAUGGCCGGAGGCCGUUUAAUUGCUGAACGUUUUGCAAAUAUCACGGAUGCCUCAAUUAUUGGUGUUCGUGCUCCAUACUUACGUGUUGGCGGUAACAAGCAAUUUGAGAUGAUGGCCGAUCAAUACUUCGUUUACGAUGCUUCAAUAACUGCUCCUCUUGGUCGUGUUCCCAUCUGGCCUUACACGCUGUACUUCCGAAUGCCUCACAAAUGCAAUGGUAACGCCCACAACUGCCCAUCAAGGAGCCAUCCGGUUUGGGAAAUGGUUAUGAACGAAUUGGACAGGAGGGACGAUCCUACUUUCGAUGAAUCUUUACCUGGUUGUCAUGUAGUUGACUCGUGCUCUAACAUCCAAACCGGUGAGCAGUUUGCGCGUCUCCUUCGUCAAAACUUCAACCGUCACUACACAACCAAUCGUGCACCCCUUGGUCUACAUUUCCAUGCUUCUUGGCUUAAAUCUAAAAAAGAAUUCAGAGACGAACUGAUCAAAUUCAUUGAAGAAAUGUUAGAAAAGAAUGACGUCUAUUUCACCUCUUUAAUACAAGUAAUACAAUGGAUGCAAAACCCUACAGAAUUAUCAGCGCUUAGGGACUUCCAGGAAUGGAAACAAGACAAAUGUGACGUAAAAGGUCAACCAUUCUGUUCCUUGCCAAAUGCAUGUCCCUUGACUACUCGGGAACUGCCAGGAGAGACACUGCGACUAUUCACUUGCAUGGAAUGCCCAAAUAAUUAUCCAUGGAUUUUAGACCCCACAGGAGAGGGAUUCAGCGCUAAGAAGUGA